AUGGCGGCUUCACCUCUAGAAUCGGGCCUGAUCGUGUCAAAAAUAUUGAGAAAGUCUGAAGCUGAUCGGACCAAAGAUGAACAGGAAAUGCUCCAGCAGUGUGAAGAUACUGUACAAGAGAUGAAACUGCGGAAAAGUAAACGUGACGUUCUCAAAAGAAAACAGGAAGAGGUGUUAGAUGAUCCAGAUGAAUUAAAAAGGAAAGUGAAAUUGUUGAGUGCUGCAGUGCGGGAAGCCAAGCAUAUGGUGAUAUAUACUGGUGCAGGCAUCAGUACGGCUGCAUCCAUCCCAGAUUACAGAGGGCCAAAUGGAGUGUGGACAUUGCUACAAAAAGGAAGGAUUGUGAGUGCAACAGAUUUAAGUGAAGCAGAGCCCACUUUGACUCAUAUGUGUAUUACAAAAUUAUACGAGGAAAAACUGGUAAACCAUGUGGUUUCUCAAAACUGUGAUGGAUUGCAUCUAAGAAGUGGACUACCUCGACAUGCCUUAUCAGAGCUUCAUGGCAAUAUGUACAUUGAGGUUUGCACUAACUGCUCUUCUUUGAGAGAGUACAUUCGUUUAUUUGACGUAACUGAGCGCACUACACUGCAUAGGCAUGGUACUGGAAGACUGUGCCACAAAUGCAAAGGAGAGCUGAGGGACACUAUUGUCCAUUUUGGAGAAAGAGGUACACUGGAACAGCCACUAAACUGGAAGGGAGCACAGGCAGCAGCACAGAAAGCAGAUGUCAUCCUUUGUCUCGGUUCAAGUUUAAAGGUGUUAAAGAAGUAUGCUUGCCUGUGGUGUAUGAACAGACCACCAAAUAAAAGACCGAAGCUCUACAUUGUUAAUUUGCAGUGGACACCAAAAGAUGACCUUGCAGCACUCAAGAUUCAUGGAAAAUGUGAUGAUGUCUUAAAGCUGCUCAUGGAAGAGCUCAACCUUGAAGUUCCAGUCUAUGACAAAGCAAAAGACCCCAUUUUUGGCAUGUCUACUUCACUGAGAACUGAAGAAGCUGAAAGUCACAGUCGUAAACUGAUAGCACCACCCAAAGUAUCAGAAGUUCUCAAUCAAGAUCAAGAGUCAAGAGAAGGAAGCACAUCUGUGUUGGGGGGGUGGUUUGGACGUGGUUGUUCCAAAGGAAGGAAGAAAAAGAGAUGACUUAAGUUUACAUAAAUUCAAAUGCUGUUAUUUGGCAAUUGUUACGAAAACUUGAAGUAGUCAAAUUGUGCUGACAAACCUUAAUUCCACACAGGCCUGUGAUAAUGAAGAUCCUGUCAGCAUGAUUGUAUUUACUAUAAGAGGCACAUUAUAUGAGGGUUGCCCAGAAAGUUUUACAGUACAGGUUUUGUUUUUAUAUUGCUAGCAGUUCAUUAUAGAGUUAUUUAAUUACACACAUUUAACUAGGUAUAUUUGAUGUCCUCCUCAUUUCUCUACACCAUCUUGUGAAGUUCAGCUUGCUUGAUCCAUGUAUUUCUUUCCUGUACCAGUCAGAAUCCUGAAUUCAUAGCCACUUCUUGUGAAUUCUUCUUAAUUUUUUCCCAUGAACGUUUGAGGCAUCCACCCAGGAAGAAUUAAAUUUUUUGGACAGUCAUUACAGACUCUUUAUCUGUGACAUGAGAAAUGCACAGCCUCACAUGACACUACAAGAGGCAGCUUUCAGGGCUGGAGUCACAUUAACCAACCAUGGUUUUCCUGUUAACUUUGCUGGAAUUAUAGAAAGUAUGGCAACUUUAUGGGCAACCUUCAUUUGUAAAGAAAAUAAUGCACCUUAAAAUUUCCUCAGGUAUUCUUAACAAGAAAAAAAAACUUGAGAAAUUGAAAGUAUAUAGCAAUUAGCGACACAUUGAAAAUAUGCUUCAGUGAAUUUACUUGUAAUGUAAAGAAGUUGUGGACCUGCUAUACAAGCAGAUUAAUGUAAUUUAAAAUGAUGUGUCAGUUUAUUUGUUGGAAAAAAAAUAGUAAUUGUCUAUUCUUUAAAUUACAUUGAAAUUGCACUGGUGGAAAAAAAAAAAAAAAAAGGUUGUGUCCUGCCUAGAUGUUAAACAUAUUUGCAGCUUUUUUAUGUGAACAUUAUUCAGGCUAUUGCAUUUGUAUUCAGGCAUCCAUGUUUUUUAUUUAUUAAAUAUUUCAUGAUAUCCCUGUACCUUUUAAUAUAACAAUAAGAAGCUGCAGUAUUUCUAUUUGUUUAUUUCUUGAAUACUUGAUUUAGUACUACUGUAUGCCUAAAAAUGCACUCACUAAUUUAAGACAAAAUGGCAGCAUGAUGCCAUAAUAGGUGAUGCUGCCAUCUUACUGCUCCCAAGAUAUGGCCUGAUCUCUGGCAGUGGUGCUUUUGCAUGAAGUUUUCAUCUUUUCCUUUGGUUACUUGUAUUUCAUCCCACAGUCCAGUGACAGAUUGAAGGGCUGCCUGGUGCCUGUAGAUUGAUUUGGUGUGGCUGUUUGGGCUGUGCAGUGAAGAGGAGCCUUGGUCAGGGUUAGAUCCUGCCUCGUGCCUUUAG